AUGCUGGGUUCUGUUGAACUCUCAGUGUUCCCCUCAUGUACUGACGCCAUCUCGUGGUCCUCAGACGGCGAGCUUGCAGUUGCUGCCGGUGAUUACUUUCAGAUCCUGACACCAAAAAGGGGCAAAUCUGAAGAACCAACGCCAAAUGCGACACGGGAUUGGCACAUAAUCCGUGUCAAGGCCAAUCAAUUCACGCACUCUGAAUGGCCUACUUUCCUAGCCCAAGAUCGGGAUGCCUUCUCAAUCGCCGCAGAACAAUCGAAUAGCACAGUAAUUGGGCUAGCUUGGUCACCACCUGGGGUAGCCAAAUUCCGACGCAGUGUGGUAGCCGUCUUAACCUCCAAUCUUCUUCUAUCCCUUUGGGAGGCUGUCGGUCCACAAAAGCAAUGGACCCGAAUCGCUAUCAUCAACCACGCAUUACAGUCCUAUUUCGAAGAUUCCAAGCAAUCGGAGAGCCUCGCGUUUCGGAAAGGUAGCAUUCGGUCGUUCACUUGGUGUGAGCCUCUAAAGGCUUCAACUUUUCCCGCCGGCUCUUCGUUUCUGCCCGCCUACGAAAGUCGUUGGGGAAUUCCUCUGCUGACUGUGGUCAAUGACCUCAAUGAAGUCAUUCUGAUAAGACCACGUAGAUCAGAACUAUCAGAAGAUUCACUCUACUCUCAUCAAUUGCAUGUUCUGGCAGUUUACCCGCUCGCCUGCGAAGGACUGAACAAUCCUCACCUCUGCUCAGGAUCGAUUCUUGAAAAAACCUUCAAAGAGAAACAACGAGUCAGCUCGAUUUCCUGCGGCCCGUGGCUAAAAUCACCGCCGGCGAGCCGAACAAAAUCCGGCUCUGCUGUUGCUAUGCUGGCUCUUGUGAUCGGAACGCAGCUUCGACUUUUAAAUAUGCAAAUCACGAUUGGAGACUCAAACCUGGAUGCCGUGGAGCCAUAUUCCUUGCCAAUCGCAUUAAAGGAACAUCCAUGGAGCCUCUCAAACGAAAAAUUGACAUAUCGCAACAUCAUUGGUCCAUUGCAAUGGCUUUAUGAUCAAGCAUUUACCGAACUUACUCUUGUGGUGGGCAUCACGGCAGGUUUUAUCACAAUUUCUGUACCCCUCAACACUUACAAUGACCACGACCCCAACUUUGAUGCUCUCGCAGUUUGUGAGUGGCCGAUCUACAAUCCAGAAACAGAGCAAAAUAUGGGAGGCGAUGAAAGGCACUGGGAGCCUAUAUCUGACGAACAAGAUCGUUCAUGCACUCUUGCCUUGGGUACCCUAGGUGGACUUGGCCUGGUCACAAAAUUGCGCCAACUUCAAAAUGGAGAUCCCCUGCAACAAGCACGGUGGAAACAAAUCGUCGAUGACCGCCAAGAGCAAUUUGAUCUGGACCACGACCUAGGUGGAAACUCGGUGUCCAGGAUUUGGGGUCUGUCAUCUUAUCGCAAUGUAACAGCGGUUUUCUUCACCAGACACCCGACAGAUAUGCUUGAGUACCGAGUCGCGUCUGACGACAAAUCUAUAAUCGUCUUCUCGUCAGAGGUGGAAUCCGACUUGAAUCCCUCAUUCUUUAUGCCGCGAAUCUCCAACGGCCAAAGUUCAGUCCAUAUUCAGCGAGAAUCGGCACUGAAUUUCGUGUUGCCUGGUGAUGGUGACAUCGAACCUGAUGAGGAGAGCCAGCGACUGAUUUAUGUCGCUAUCUGCUGUGCUAUUACGAGUGGUAAAACCAAGUCGCUACUGACUCACGCUCGGAAGUCUCUGGAGCGUCUGGCAGUUGUCACAGGUGCAGACCUCAGUGAUGAGAUGCACAAAUACAACGACGAAUCCACUGCAAUUGCUCCAAGGUCACAAGAUCAGCUCGAUGGUCCAGGUGGUCAUAUUUUCGAGCAGUGUGACAUCUGUGACGCUGGGAUCGGGUGGCAUUCAGCUCAGGAGGCAAAGUGUGCGAAUGGUCAUUUAUUCACUCGAUGCGGAUUGUCAUUUCUGACGAUUCAGGAACCGGGGAUAUCCAAGUUUUGCUCUGUGUGUCAAACCGAAUACAUUGAUGAAGACUCCUUAGCUUUAGCCCGUGGUGGUAAGCUGAGCCGAACUUUCAGCGAAGUGUUCGAGACUUUUGAUACCUGCCUUUACUGUGGGGGCAAAUUCCAGCCAACUUUAUAG